AUUGACGCUGUUAUUAAAAGACUCUUCCUUGAGGAAACCAGUCGCGCGGUAGUGACGCAGCUAACUAAGCAGUUGUGCAGGAGUUGCGGCUGGAUAUGGCGGCGCUGCUCAGAGGGCUACGUGCUGGGAGGGCCCUACGUGCUCUUGGCAGCGUGUCCCUGUCUCCAGGAAUGGUAACGCCCCAGAGCAGCCGCUUGCAGCGCGGCUUCCGUCAAGCUGCCCGACUCAGGUUACGGGACGACUCCAAAUCAGAACAACUAACCACGGCUGCAUCUUCGUCAUCCUCCCUGGCUCAACAACAGCAUUUCCAGCCUCAGCCAUCCGAGCAGGAAACAGCAUCUGGACGAGAAACGUCUGCAUCUGAACAGACGUCUGCAUCUGCAUCUCCAGAGGUGGAGGUGUCUGCACCUUCACCUGAGUUGGAGGCUCGCGUGCCUGCACCUGAGCUAGACGUGCCUGAAUCUGCACCUAGCCCUGCGUCGACAGCUGCACAGGAGGUGUCUGCGUCGACAGCUGUACAGGAGGUGUCCGCAUCUGGUCUGGAGGUGUCUGUGCAUACGCCCGAGCUAGAGCCAUCUGCAUCUGUCCAACAGGCGUCUACAUCUGACCAGGAAAUGUCUGGGUCUGGGUCUGAGUCUGAGUCUGAGGGAGAGGCGUCUGCGUCUGCGCAGGAAGUGCCCACAUCUGCACAGGAAGUGCCCACGUCUGCACAGGAAGUGCCCACGUCUGCACAGGAAGUGCCCACAUCUGCACAGGAAGUGCCCACGCCUGCAUCUGAGGGAGAGGUGUCUGCGCAGGAAGUGCCCACAUCUGCACAGGAAGUUCCCGUGUCUGCAUCCGAGGGAGAGGCGUCUGCACAGGCGGGGUCUGCGUUUGAGGAGGAUGCUCCGGAGCCUGGCCUCAGCCAGGCGGAUCAGGAGGAGGAGAGCGACGGCUACGAGACGGAGGAGGAGCUCCAGGCGCGCCUCCUCACCGCGGCGCUGGACUGGGUGCCGCAGCACGGCUGGUCGGCGGAGGCCAUCGCCGCGGCCGCAGAGACCCUGGGCCUGUCCUCGGCGGCUGCCGGAAUGUUCACCAACGGGGCGGGAGACUUGGUCCUUCACUUCGUCUCCCAGAGUAACGCCCAGCUGGCCCAGACGCUGGCUGAACAUCACACACAAGUCCAGCAGGGCCAGGCAGAACCAAAGGAAACCAGUGAGUUUCUGAGAUACGCGGUCGAGGCUCGACUGAGGAUGCUCAUCCCCUAUAUGGACAGCUGGCCUCAGGCCAUGAGUAUCCUGCUUCUUCCCCACAACAUCCCCAACAGCCUGAAGCACCUCUCCACCCUGAUAGACGACAUCUGGUACUACGCUGGGGACCGCUCCACAGACAUGAACUGGUACACUCGCCGCGCGGCUCUGACCGGCGUCUACAACACCACCGAGCUGGUGAUGCUGCAGGACUCCUCCCCGGACUUCCAGGACACCUGGGACUUCCUCGACAAACGCAUCCAGGACAUCGUCAACAUGGCCAACGCGGCCAAGCAGGUGCAGGCCACCGGUGAGGCAGUGGUGCAGGGAAUCAUGGGAGCUGCAGUCACGCUGUCAAACCUCGCAGGGAUGAACCAGCGGAGAUGAAGCGAGGGAGCGUGUCUGACCCAAAUAAAUCUUCACACCCCCAGACUGUACCUCCCGAUGUCCGUCUGUCUGACAGGGCUCAUUACUCCAGCGAAUCUAUACUCCGAAGAGCAGCUGGGGCGGGGCGGGGCGGUUUCUCCCUGGCGAGGUGACGUCUCUUCCACGCGGCUCAGCCCACAUCCCCUCUCUGAUGUCCGGACUGACUCAGGAUGCCUUGCGGUUCCACAACCAGAACACCUCCACUUCUUCAUUUAUGUAAACUACAAGAAGGAGCACUGUGCUUGAAACUUUUUUUUUGAGUAGUUUUUAGCUUUCUCUAUAAACAGUAUAUCAAUAAAGGAUACUAUAUAUUCUCACGUA